AUGAAAUACGCGUUGGCCUCACAACGCAAAAUAGGAUUGGCUGAUGCGCGAGGCGUUGACAUCGAACUGUCAACAAUCGAAACCAUUGACAAGUUGAUGAUGGCUGAAGCACUCCAGGAAUGUUUGUCACGUUUCCCGAAAAUUGAAGCUCUAAAAGCCGAGCAACGUGAAGCAUUGGAAUCUCUUAUCUCCGGUCGUGACGUUAUCGCAAUUUUGCCAACUGGUUUUGGGAAAAGCUUGAUCUUUCAAUUGUUUUGUGAGGUAAAGCUCGCCUCGAACCCAAACACGUGCAUCUUAGUGGUUGCCCCGCUAAACAGCAUCGUUCAAGAUCAGAUCGAUGAACUGACCGAACUUGGUUUCACUGCCGUGCAUUUAAAAGAAAACGAUCCAGAAUGUAUGAAAGAUGCUGCUGAAGGAACGUCCAACUUCAUUUUCUGUUGCGCUGAACGAUGUUUAUCGGAAGAGUUUAAAAGUUUGUUGAAGUCGAGAGAAAAAGGGCCAGACAUCCAAUUGGUGGUCGUGGAUGAAUGUCAUACGGUAGAAACAUGGUGAGUACAAAUUUCGUUUUUCGCAUAGAUUUUUUAAAUCGUAAGUUUAUUUAGCAGUUUGUUAUAUUUAAAGCUUGGAAAACUAGUACGUACUCGCCCUUUUUCUCGCACAUUAUUGAACAAUUAUGAAAGUCUGUAUCGUUUGUUUUAAUGUACAGUAUGUGGUCCUUGGUCCGCGCAAGUCCCCGAUGCCCUUGGUCCGCGUCUUUUCCGAAAAUGAUAAAAUAUUUCGUCAAGAAAAAAAAAAACGUUGAAUAAUGAAAGAUAUCGUGAUUUACUGAUUAGCAUUCUUUCAUAUGACAAAGUUUCAGCCUUCUUGCUGCGGGUGAAGACGCGAAAUUAAAGUUUGUUAACAGGUAGGUUAAUUUGUCUUUCUUGAAGUUUGGAUUUUUGCGGCACCGUAAAUUACGUGGUCAAGUUUACUUAGCCUGCGAAUAACUAAAACGCAACGGGAAGACUUGCCUUUUUGCAGAACAUGUUUUCAGAUCAACUUAUUUCUGCUGUUGGAAGCAUAUUGCUGUAGACGCUGAAUUUUUUGUUUUAGCGACUCUUGAAAAAUAUCACCAAAUUUCGCUCAGCGGUCCUUGGUCCGCGUCCUAUGACCUUGGUUGAAUAAAACUUUGCAACGUAAAAAGCGACGCCCUUUGUUUUCGAAGAAUGUUUUGAAAGUCGUCCCUAUACAUGUCUACAAGUUCUCUUUUUUAAUACCUCGAGUACAUACAAAGUUUUUGGUAAUUAUUUUCGACCGCGCUAGAAACCGCUCGUCGACGCUCGUGUGGGAGACUCGAGGAGACUGUUGUCAGAAGUCUUUGAAAGAAAAGNAAGUUUCAGCCUUCUUGCUGCGGGUGAAGACGCGAAAUUAAAGUUUGUUAACAGGUAGGUUAAUUUGUCUUUCUUGAAGUUUGGAUUUUUGCGGCACCGUAAAUUACGUGGUCAAGUUUACUUAGCCUGCGAAUAACUAAAACGCAACGGGAAGACUUGCCUUUUUGCAGAACAUGUUUUCAGAUCAACUUAUUUCUGCUGUUGGAAGCAUAUUGCUGUAGACGCUGAAUUUUUUGUUUUAGCGACUCUUGAAAAAUAUCACCAAAUUUCGCUCAGCGGUCCUUGGUCCGCGUCCUAUGACCUUGGUUGAAUAAAACUUUGCAACGUAAAAAGCGACGCCCUUUGUUUUCGAAGAAUGUUUUGAAAGUCGUCCCUAUACAUGUCUACAAGUUCUCUUUUUUAAUACCUCGAGUACAUACAAAGUUUUUGGUAAUUAUUUUCGACCGCGCUAGAAACCGCUCGUCGACGCUCGUGUGGGAGACUCGAGGAGACUGUUGUCAGAAGUCUUUGAAAGAAAAGCAGAUUAUUUUAUGCUCACAACAUCUUCCGAAAAAAACUUUAGUUUAAUUGCAUCAAGAAAAGAAAAAAUACAAGAAAUACUGUGAAAAUCACAUUUUCGUGAGGAAACUAUAACAUUUUUACGUUUUUAUCAGGCUGCUUACCUGAGACGCGGACCAAGGACCACAUUCGCGGACCAAGGACCAUCGAAAACGGUCGCUUUUUUGCGAAUUCCAAGCAAAAUAUUUAUGUCUGGAACUUGAAAUUUCAGGAUUAUAGACAGGAACAUAAAAGCUAUCUUCAGGGAGUAUUUCAGCUCGUUACAUGAAGAUUUGGGUAAGAUAUUCAAGUUAAUGACUUUUACACGCGGACCAAGGACCACAUACUGUACGCCUCAAGUUUGCUGCGCUCCGUGUUACGCGGUUGUUGUGUAUAUCGUAAAUGUUAUUUUCCAACUCGACUAAAAUUAAAACGCGUUCGAGCUGACAGUAGUUUUUAUCUUUAUAGGGGCACUGACCAAAAGAAAGGGAAGAAAAUGACAAUACCAGCCUUUCGAAAAGAUUAUGGCAAUUUGUCAACUCUACGAUCACUUUGUAAACAAGGUAAGCUUAUUGAGCUUUGCUGAGCCUUAUGUGAAUUAAUCGAUAUAGCUUGACCUGUUCUUCUUGUAACGAAAAAUUAGGUAAAAUCUCCGUACAACUCCGAUUGUUAUCUAUAGAUGUUUUAUUUUUACUCAUUCUAACCAUUUUUAUCGCAAGGCGUGGAUUAUUGUUGCAUUCAUAAUAAUGCAUGGGGUUUUUCAAUGUAAAGAAACUUGCAUGCUGCAUGGGCUGAUAAGAAAAUUGUUUGCACCCAGGUACUCCAAUUCUUGCUUUAACGGGAACUGCUGGCAAAAAAUUGACCAAGAAAAUAAAGAAGCUCCUGUGUAUGAGUACUGACACAAAAGAAAUACUGGUAGGCCCUGACAGGAAAAACAUUAUGUACCACGUGGAACAAGUAAAGAAAGGAGAAGAAAUGGAUAAAUUGAUGUGGCUGGUAAAUGUUGCAAAGAGGAAUGGACUAUCUACACGUAAAACAAUUAUAUUUUGCAAUACGUACAAUGAAAUUGCAGCAGUCUUUGUUUACCUCCUUCGCAUGCUACAGGAUGAUGUCUAUGUUCUGGGCCAGCCCAAAAUACCAGCCAACAGAAUAGUUGGCAUCUUCCAUUCUAUGACUUUAAAGAAGUACAAAGACAGAGUCAUGGAUUCCUUUAAAGUCAAUGAAGGAAAUGUUCGCAUAGUGCUAACAUCUUCAGCAUUAGGCAUGGGGGUCAAUUUUCCCGAUGUGCGGUAUGUUGUUCACCUUGGCCCGGCUCGAAGUAUUCUGGAUCAUGUGCAAAAAACUGGUCGUGCAGGUCGGGAUGGAAAACAAGCGUACAAUUUUGUUAUCACAACUGGUCAAAAACUUGCUCACUGUGAGACUGAUGUCAAGAACUUUGCAAAAACAAAUGAUUGCUUCAGGAAGGCACUUUUGAAACCCUUGGAUUUGCCAGUUGACAGUGUUAGUCCAUUGCACAAUUGUUGUUCAAAUUGCAAAAAAAUGUGUACAUGCAAUGGUAAUGACUGUAGCUGUGAAGAGCUUCCUUUUACUCAGUGUAACAUGAACAGUCAAGAGAAGUCGACUAGGCUCGUCACUGAAGAAGAUAAAACAGUAUUGGAAGAGGCACUUAAGGAAUUCCAAUCUUUUUUGAACACUGACCAUAUGACUCUUGUAGGUUGUACACAUGGUUUUACUGAUGAACUAAUCAAAGACAUAGCUAUUAAUGCUUCAAGCAUUUUUAGCUUGGAUGAUAUUCUUUCCACUCACCCUAUUUUUUCUACUGCACAUGCUCGUUUUGUUUUGAGCAUAUUCCAGGAUAUUUUUGGAGACACCAGUGUGUUUGCUGAAGACGACGAUGAUAUCUUUUGCACAGUGGACAGUUUACUGUGUCACACUCAGUCAGUUGUGGACAUAGACCAUGAUUCAGUAGAACACCAGUACAAUUCUGAUAGUGACAGUGACCCUGAAUUUUUCCUUUUGAUGUGA